AUCAACGGAAUAUGAACGGAAAUCUCUCACUGUCGCUCGGUUAAUGUGCUCAUAACUCCAAAUCUUAAUUGAAGGAGGCGAUAAAAAAUAAAAGUAAACAAAACGGUCCGGCCAAGUGUCAUACAAAAUCAAUUUAUGCACUGACCUCGGACAAGAUCCCGCGUCGCACUAGCAUUUUUUUUGCACUAUAUGUAUAUAGUUUGUUACUAUAGUAAAUUUGCGAGAGUUGCAGUGCAACAUGUUCGGUUGGAUUGAACGACCUUGAUCCGAUCCAGUAACACCUUAAGCGAUAAGAUUAUCCGCCAUCUCCUCAAGCGGUCAUUCCAACGAUAAGUGAAUGCUCCGAUAUGCGCGAUUCCCUGUGCACUUAAUAAGAGUUGGGGCCAUUGCCAGUUCACUUCACUGGUUUGUUGACCGGCUUAAUGUUCGGUUGUUCGGCUAUUUUGGAUCGUAAACAAUCACCACCCGCCACCCAUCCAAUGGCCGAUAACGGAGUACAAAGGCCAAAUGGCUUGAUCUCGAAGCAGCAAGCUCUGGAGUUGCAUUUUAGCCAGGUUAGCUACAGCCUAAGUGGAUCGAUAAAGGGCUCUGGCCAAAUACUUAACGAGGCUACCGGUGUCUUCAAAUCGACGACUGACUGCGAUUUUGGGCCCUCGGGAGCUGGGAAAUCCACGCUGCUAAAUGCUCUUGCCGGUUUUAAACUUCGAGGCGUUUCAGGACAGAUCCUUUUAAAUGGACGUCCCCGGGAUAUGUCGACAUUUCGGAAAAUGUCCGCCUAUAUUGCCCAGGACUUUGUGAUGCUAAACCUUCUAACUGUCGAAGAGACCCUGCGUAUCUCAGUUAAUUUAAAGAUGCCCAGCUCCACGCCAUCCCAAGAAAAGCAAAGAAUUAUAGAUGAAAUUGUGGACAUUCUGCAGUUACAAUCCUGUCGUCGGACCUUGGUGAAGAGUUUAUCUGGGGGCGAGCACAAGCGGCUUUCCAUUGGAAUUGAGCUGGUGACGAAUCCACCCAUUAUGUUCUUUGAUGAGCCAACGAGUGGACUGGAUUGUGUGGCCAGUUACCAGGUGAUCUGCCACCUGCAGCGACUAGCCCAUGACGGGAUAGUAGUGUGUGUGGUUCACCAACCAGGAUCGCGACUCUUUCAGUUGUUCGAUGAUGUCGUGGUCCUGGCCCACGGCGAGGUCCUUUAUGCCGGCGAGCAGCGGGAAAUGUUGAAUAGCUUUGCCAGUUCCGGUUUCGUCUGUCCACAGUACUAUAAUCCAGCAGAUUUUGCCCUUGAAGUGUGCAGUCAGUCCUCCAGCGUUGAGCGUUGUGAAUCGUUGAUUACUCAAAAUAAGGAGUACCACUGCAACACCAGCAACGUGGUGAAGCUCCAGGUCGAUGAAGAGACAGCGCUUAUUAAUUUCCACCGGGAAUCCUGUGAUUCUCACCUGCGCGGCAAGGAGCAGGUGGGCUUCUGGGUCCAGCUUCGCGUGCUCCUUUCUCGACACUUGAGGUCCAUGUCCAGGGAUUUGUUUGCCGUCCAGAUGCGUCUCUUAAUGCACGUGGUGGUGGCCCUGCUUCUGGGCGUGGUGUACUGGCAAAUAGGAGCCGAUGCCGAGAAAAUUGUGUCCAACGUGUCCUGCCUUUUCUUUGUGAUCCUGUUCGUAUUUGCCGGCAAUGCUAUGCCCUCGAUCCUGCUCUGCAUGCAGGAUUCGGCGGUGUUCCUCAGGGAGUACUACAACGGCUGGUACUCCUUGGGGGCCUACUAUCUGUCCAAGGUUCUGGCGGAUCUGCCCUUGCAACUCACUUGCCCCACGUUAUUCAUUAGCAUAGGAUACUUUAUGACGGGUCAGCCUUCGGAGCUCCAUCGCUUUGCCAUGUGCUGGGUCAUCUGUGUGCUGACAGCAUUUAUUGGCCACUUUAUUGGAGUGAUUGCAGGAUCACUAUUCUCCAUGCAGCUGGCUAUAUUCCUGGUGCCGAGUGCCACGAUACCGUUUCUGCUUUUCUCUGGGUUUUUCAUUCGCUUAAACGAACUCUCCUGGUUCCUGCGUCCCAUCUGUGAUGUGUCCUUCUUCCGCUACGUCUUCGAGGGUCUGCUGAGAGCCAUCUAUGGAUACGAUCGCGGAGAGCUGGAGUGCUAUGCUGCUAUGAAUUAUUGUUAUUACAAGACGGGGGAGCAAUUUCUCAAGGACUUUCAAAUGCAAGGCGAUGCUUUUGAAUGGGAUUUGGCUGUCCUGGGAAUGUUUAUGAUGCUUUUACUUCUCGCUUUCUUCUUGACCCUCAGCUUGGUCAUCCGUCGAGCUCUUAGGUGAUACUUGAAGUUUAUUUUGUUGGGUCUUAAAAAUAGUUUAAUAAAGGUUUAAUAUUUAAAAGCUA